UCAGAAGGUACCGCAAAAAUUGUAAUAAACAAGAAAAGAAGUUCAUAAUAAAUAUGAACUAUCUGCUGGCUGGUUCGGCAAGCAAAAGAGUUAUAAGUUGUGUGAAAUCUGCAUGGCUGCGAACCUUGAGUACGGAAAUGGAAGGCGGACUUAUCGAAAACGCAAUUCGCGCGGGGCUGCUGAAGGAAUUAUCGCCGGUUCACGUGGAAGUAGUGAAUGAAUCGUACAUGCACAAUGUACGGAAAGGGUCCGAAACGCACUUCAAAGUGUUGGUGGUUUCUCAGAAAUUCGAAGGAAUGCCUCUAAUAAAGCGGCAUCGUUUGGUGAAUGAUAUUGUGAAGACUCAACUAGAAGGAGAUUUCGUGCACGCUCUAUCGAUUGUUGCCAAAACGCCUCAACAAUGGGACCCGAAUUAUGUUGUUGAACCCAGUCCCAACUGUUUGGGUGGUUUUGGCAAAUGAUGUUUACCAAAUAAUGUUUAAUUUGUUUUAAAUGGAAGAUGUGUUUAAGAAAAAUUAGCAUAAAUAUAAGUAGGCUCGAAAGCAUAUACUCUUGUUGGCGCAGUUUG